GGAGGAAGGCCGCCUCCCUCCCGUUACAAUGAAGUUUGAUCCUCCCAUCUGCAACGUGGGCAAUGGGUAUAUGGAUUUCAUGCUCUUUGUUGGCGGGGACAGCAGGGGCAUGAACCAGAACCACAGGGUGCUCGUCACUGAACUCACAGGCCGCGCCCUCCUCUAUGACCCGGAAUCCCCCUCCAUCCGCUCGUUACCCAGUUUAACCUCCCCAAAGCGCUCACCUAUCUCCUUGAUCGUUGGCAACAAAUUCUACAUCCUCGACACGGCCUCCAGACUUAGCCACCCCAACGAUUGCUUUCACAGCUACAUGAUGUAUGAUGGUGACUGGCACUGCUACUCUCUGGCACCACCUCCCUACAUCCACGCCAACCGCUCUAUCAUCUGUGAAGGGGAGGCCGAGCAUGUUGAUUCAUACACAGUUGUUGGAGGCUCUAGCAUCUGGAUAUCCAAGAGCACCCUAGGCACCCACUCCUUUGACACGGAAAACCACAGGUGGACCAAGGUUGGUGACUGGGCACUGCCGUUCUUUGGCCAUGUCCAGUACGUGCCAGAGCACAAGCUCUGGUUUGGACUCUCAUCUGGUGAAAGCGAAAUUGAUUGCAGCGUCUGUUUUUCGAACCUCACUGAGAUGCCCCCAAGGUCUGUCAACAUCGGGAGGGACUGCACACCACCAUAGUGGAUCAACAUGUCAUCCUAUCUUGUGCACCUUGGCCACUCCAGGUUCUGCC